AUGCCUCGAAGUUCGCAAAAAUACCCAAUCGACAGUGAUGAUGAUGAGAACACGCCACUACAUCUCGCGGACAAGAAUGAAGACGAGUACAUCCCGUUGCGUCCCAUGAGCGAGGACGAUGACGAGAGUCCCGCCGCUUCACUAGGGCCGGACGCCGUUGGUGAUGGACAACGUGUCGCGCUCAGCAAGCAAACGAGGGCCAUUCUUGAUCGUCAACUUAAUGGAAUCCCAUCUACGCGCAAUCACCAGGAGUUUUCUCUAUGGCCAUAUGCCACAAAACGGGACAAAAUGGCCAUCUUGGUGAGCUCAAUGGCUGGUCUUGUUGCAGGAGCUGCGAACCCAUUCAUAUCUGUUCGUCCACUCCUCUCUCAAUCAUCCCCAUUUCCAACAAAGAAAAGUUACAGAAAGACUGACCUUUCAAUCGAUAGCUACUUUUUGGCGAAUUGA